AUGGGAGGUGGAGGUGGUGGAGGAUCCUCUGGAUGCUGUGGGGGAGGUGGAGGUGGUGGAAUGGGAGGAGGAUCCUCAAAGGGCAUGAUGGGAGGUGGAGGUGGAGGAUGCUGUGGAGGAGGAUCCGGGGGUGGAAUGGGAGGAGGAUCCAGUGGCGGAUCAGGAACAAAGAUCAUCAUUGGAGGUGGAAGCAGUGGAGGAUCUGGUGGUGGAAUGGGAGGAGGAUCCUCAAAGGGCAUGAUGGGAGGAGGAGGCUCCUCUGGAUGCUGCGGCGGAGGAUCCGGCGGUGGCUGCGGGAUGGGAGGAGGGUACGGUGGGGGCAGUGGAGGAUCAGGCCAGAAGAUCAUUAUCAGCUCUGGGGGUGGAGGAGGAGGAGGAGGAGGAGGAGGCUCCUCUGGAUGCUGUGGUGGGGGAUCCAGUGGUGGCUCUUCAGGAGGGAAGAUCAUCAUGGGAGGUGGAGGAUCCUCUGGAUGCUGUGGGGGAUCCAGUGGUGGCUCCUCUGGUCAGACCAUCAUCAUCAGCUCUGGUGGAGGUGGAGGCUCCUCCCAGUCCUCCCAGCAGAAGUGCCCCAUCGUCAUCCCCAGCGUUGUGUCCCACCAGACCAAGCAGAGCUGCUACUUCCCCUCUGGCCACAAGUGA